AUGAAUGGUGGUUCUAUUUAUGCACAUACAUGUACUGAAGCAUUACCUCAUUUAUUUGCAUUGAUUAGUUCACCAGAUAGUCGUCACGCACCAGAAAAUAAUAUAGCAACGGAAAAUACAGUUAAUGCACUUCAUCAAAUUUUGUUUUCUUGGUUUCCAAUUCAUGAAGAUACGGAAGAAACAUCAUAUAUUUAUGGUUAUUUAUGUGAUUUAAUUGAAUCAAAUAAUUCAGUGAUUAUUGAACAAAAUAAUUUCAUUGUACCUAAUGUGAUUAAAUUAUUUGCUAAUGCAUUUGUUAAAUCAUCGAUUGAAGUCAAUUCAGUUGUUGAUCAACGUAUGGUGAUCAUUUUACGACAUAUUCAAGUUAGUUUUUCAUUUUUUAUUGAUUAGACAAAAAAAAAACGUAUAUUUGAAAUUUAAUUUUUAGACAAUUCCAUCGAUAUUUCAAACAUGUAUGAAUGCUUUAACGAUUGAAAAAAAGACAAUCAUUAGGAAAUGCUUUAAAUUCAACAACAUCUCCACAAAAUCAUCAAGUUAGAUUUCCAAAUCAUAUGAUGAAUCAUCAUGCCAGUGUUUAAAAAUUAAGCAACUUUUAUCUUGUUACCCUUUUUUUCUCGUAUUAUUUUAUCACGAUCUCUUCUUCUUUAUUUUCUUUCUAUAUUUGUAAUUCGGUUGAACACAAGAGAAAAAAAAACAAUAACAAAGUUAAAACUAAAUCAAUUACAUUCUUUUUUUCUUCUUCUUAUUUUUUUGUGUUCAUUAUUUUUUUUUCUUUUUUUCUAUUUUGUAAAACGAGAACGCGUAUGUAUGUCAAGUGUGUAUGUAAAGAGAGGAGAAAUAAACUAAACUAAACUAAACAAAAACUAAAGAUAAAAAAAGCGAUAUUAAUUAGAGAAUUACUACUUUCCUUUUUGUUGUUCAAACAAAUUUAAAAAAAAACCAAAACAAAACUAGCAAUUGAUUAUUAUCGCUCGUGUAACUUGAAUGAGACACCUUUGACAUUGAAAUAGAAAGCAAUAAAUAUCGAUUUAAUGUAAAAAGUGUACAAGCUCGAUCGAUAUUUCAGUUAGGAAAUAAACAAGUCUAAACUAAAAACUGACUCUCUGUCUCACCCUCACCAU